AGUGCGCGUGCAGUGAGUGGAAUGUGCUCGGCCGCAUGAGGAUCCUGCUGAGCGAGCUGGGACUUUCGGGCGCGUGCCUCGGUCUGAACCUGGAGCCUCUCGACUCCUCGCUGGACCCCGCCAAGCCUGCGCCAGGUCAGCGCCCGCACGACGAUACGCGCUCCGUCACUUCUGUGUUUAUUUUCGCUUUCGUUGUGUAGAACCUCUGGGUGUUGUAGACUCUGUGUGGAACUCUCGUGACGAUGGCCAUCGGCUAGAAUGCGAGGUGCGUUGCUGACGCCCUCCAGCCAACACUGCGGCCUUAGACAUUUUCAAAAUACACGGCCGAGCGCCAUAGAGCCGCGCUCGCCAAGCGCUUAUACGUCCAACGCCUCCAGCAUGCUACUGCUGCAGACACACAGCAACUACGGUUCGUCCUUCACUGAUCUACUGUCGUCGCAAUACCAAGACGACUCGUCAGAAAUCUUGGAAGAAAAUCUCGAUCCAUUCCCAGACGUAGAAUUUCACGCUCCCGUUCCGCCUGAAGUAAAGUCGCAACGCACGACUCCUGUCAGUGAUCCCUCAUCACCUACCCUCGGCCCUGCGCUGCCCAGUUUCGAAGAAACUUACUCAGUUCGUUAUCCUAAGCAAGAAGUUACUGAAUUUGGAAUAAAAAUGGACGAAGAUUGCUACAACGUUAGCGCUUACUCUCAUCAAGGCCACACUUCAACUCAACUGUUAUACCCGUAUCAUCAACCGACAAUACCCUAUGUACCGUCGCCUUACUACGCGCCCGCCCAGCCCUGCAGUCCUACGUUUGAUACCGGAGGAGUGACGCAUAAUCAGGAUUCGUACUCACUGCCUCCCUUCCCUAGUUCCGUCGAUUUGCAUAUAACUACCGAUCAAAGUUCACGGCAAAGGCGAGCUUCUUUACCAGUGCAACGAUCUGAGUCUAGUAGUUCUAAUGAAAGUCCCAAGCUGCAUGGAGGCCGAGUGCAUUGCAUGCAGGCGUCAGCGCCGAGUUCGGCCUCAAGCUCGCCCGGGGGAGCGCCCGCCGACGUCGGAGGCCCCCGCGCUGCUCCUUCCUCGCCGAGCCAGCUGUGCGCUGUCUGCGGUGACACUGCUGCUUGCCAACACUACGGUGUUCGAACCUGUGAGGGUUGCAAGGGAUUCUUCAAGAGAACCGUGCAGAAAGGAUCGAAGUAUGUAUGUUUAGCCGAAAAAUCUUGCCCUGUCGACAAAAGAAGACGAAACAGAUGCCAAUUCUGCCGAUUCCAGAAAUGUUUGGUGGUCGGAAUGGUCAAAGAAGUGGUCAGAACUGACUCAUUGAAAGGAAGACGAGGCAGAUUACCAUCUAAACCGAAAUGCCCUCAGGAGUCCCCGCCGAGUCCGCCGAUUUCUUUAAUCACGGCUCUAGUAAGAGCGCAUGUGGACACAUCGCCCGAUUUUGCUAAUUUGGACUAUUCGCAAUAUAGGGAACCGAACCCAAUGGAACCACCGAUGUCGGACUUGGAAGUAAUUCAGCAAUUCUACUCGUUGCUAACGACAUCUAUUGAUAUGAUCAAAGUAUUCGCAGAAAAAGUUCCCGGUUAUGGAGAACUGUGCCCCGAGGACCGUGAACAAUUGUUUGCAUCUGCCAGGCUCGAAUUAUUUGUCCUUCGGCUGGCGUACCGCACGCGGCCCGAGGAUACCAAGCUCACCUUCUGCAACGGCGUGGUGCUUGACAAGAGACAGUGCCAACGCUCUUUUGGAGACUGGCUUCACGCUGUACUCGACUUCAGCAACACACUGCAUUCAAUGGACAUUGAUAUCUCUACAUUCGCUUGUCUCUGCGCUCUGACUUUGAUAACAGAACGGCACGGUUUGAAAGAGCCGCACCGGGUGGAGCAGCUGCAGAUGAAGAUCAUCGGCUGCCUGCGCGCGCACAUGCCGAGCGGCGGCGCCAGCGCGGGCGGCGCGCCGCACUUCAGCCGCGUGCUGGGCGCGCUGCCGGAGCUGCGCUCGCUGUCCGUGCAGGGCCUGCAGCGCAUCUUCUACCUCAAGCUCGAGGACCUCGUGCCCGCCCCGCCCCUCAUCGAAAACAUGUUCCGCGCCAGCCUCCCCUUCUAGGCCACCCAUCUCCCGAGGACCACUCCCGCCUUCGUAUGCAUUCUCCUUCGAUGUUUAGAACCGAAUCCGUUACUUAUAAGUGUUUAGAAUAUUCAAUAUUUUUCUAUAGACUAGUUGGACUUUCUAAAAGAUACGAUCUCCCACGGAAUCGGUGUUAAGUAGGUAUGGUUUAAUAAUUUAAGCAAAGAAGACAAUCUUAUUGCGUAAGCCCUAUAAUAAACUUAAUUUAUUAUAAACAUAGGUAUUCGUCGAAUUUUGGGUGUGAUUUCGUUUAAUCUUAUAAUGUUGUGUAUUUAGUCUGCAUUUGAGUUACCGCUCGUGAUCAAUGGCAUCUUGUCGUACAAAUAUUCCUAUGUUAUUUACUUGUGUAUUAUUUAAUUAAGGGAAAUCUAGUCACAAGACUUAGAAAUGUUAAAUGUGGCUCGUAGACUCCGAGCUUUUAUAUGUAGUAUAAGGCAAGAUUAAGGCAUUUGAUGUCCUUUCAUAGGUACCUAGAUAUCGGCGCCAUACCGCAGUAGCGCGCUAUUCUAAGUACUUACGAGUGUCCAAACAGUUAAUGUUGGAAGUUACCUUUAGGUUUAAAUUAUUUUAUAAAUAAUUUUAGACGCUAGGACGUUAACGUAAUUUGUUACAAUAAGGCAAGAGAAAAAGUUCAGCAUGACUAAUAUGACUACUAAACCCAACGUGUCUUAAAGAGUACCUUUCUACUUAGAUAGAUUAAUGUAGAUGCAUACUUAUCACUAUUCGCAAACAUAUUAUAUAUGUAUUGUGAUUGAUAUAAAAAAACAUAUCACUGUUCUUUUUAUUUAUUUAUUUUAUUUUUGUCUUCUUCUACUCAUAGAUUGACUCAUAGAUGAACAAUCAAUAAAAUUUAAUAAAUUGGAGUGGAUUGUUUAAAUUAAAUACAUUAUGUAAUUGGAUAAGUAAAAUUACUUUUUGUACCAAGAAAAAAAAAGUGAUUCGUAUUUAAUCAUUGAGAUAUAGAUUGUGAUUAAAUGACUUAGACUUCUUACGCUGGACCAAUGAAAACUAGCGUUAAAAAGUGUAGAUUUAUUAAAAUAAUGACUAAAACCCUCAAAAGCCUGCUUCAGCAGACGUAAUUAAAAAUCUACAUUGUUACAGACUUAGGAAUAACAUUUAACUGUUUGAGAUAUGUGAAACAUUAAGUAGUAGUAAUUACAAGUGGUCGCUUAAUCCGGUCUGCAUAUUUUAGACUACAAAAUCAUUGAAGCCGUCCAUUAACCUUUCAGAAACUAAACAAGACAAGUAGUUAGGUGUGCCCCAGCCUCAGUAAGUAACUAUAUCAUGUUUUCAAAUACCAUCACUACAUUCUAUUUUCAUAGAAUAAAAUUUAACAUGCCUUAUCCAAGCAAAGUUAAUUUAUGUUACACUUGCCUCUUAAAAAGUCGUAAAGCUGACACAAAAAACAAGAUAUUUGUAAAAUAUUUGAAUUUUACCACAAAUAUUUUCUCAUUGCAACGUGAUAACGUCUAGAAUUAUAUAUUGUAUUGUAUUAAUCAAUAAAGAUUAUAUCUUAAUAUAUCUUAUUAGACGCGAAUAUUGGUAUUUAAGUAAUUUUGUACGAAAUUGGUAAUAUUUUGAUAAUACUAUUAUAAAAUGCUGGACUUUUUACUCGAAAGCCAGAAAUCCUUUAUGUUAGAUAAUUUUAUAGAUUUAUAAGUGAUAAUCAAGAAAUUAUUAUCUGUCGUUAAAUAAGGCGGCAAACUUUCAAAUAAGUACCUAAUGUACUUAAUUUACCUAUUACUUUUUGGUUGUGCUUUAUUAGAUGCUGUAUCCCAGUAACAAUUUUGAACCAGUCAUUUUCACUACAUACUAUAUUAAAUUUUAAAAACUCUGUCUAAUAAAUUCGAUGGUUACUCAGUUAAAAUAUAAGUAAUGUAUUUUUUACCAUUUAACACUGAUGUAAAUGAAACUUCAUUAAGUGUACCCUAUCUACCCUUAAGCAAUAAGAUAAAUAAACUUCUCUUCAAGUUUCGAGAGUGAAUAUUAGUAUAGUAGAUACCUACUUAUAAUUUAGUACAAAGAAACAUUUCAUAGUUAACAAUUAUUUAACGAUACAUACUUUUAUUCACUGGUGAGUAGGUAUCUACGUUAAAAAUAGUUUUGACAACUUGAAUUAUAAAACAAACUGUACCUAUUUUUUUUUAGAUUAUUGUGACACAACCUUUGUUAACUUGAAGAGAAUUGUAAAGCAUUAAAUUUACUGUUGUGAUAAGUACCUACUGUCUUAAAUUACUAAUAAUAUAUUCUUGUUAAACACCAUGAUAAAUGAUGUUACCUUCCGGGACUAUUAAUAAACUGCAUUUCUUUUAUCGAAUAGAUCGAUAUGCUUUUGUUAUAAUGUUACACUUUUUUCUUUGUAAAUAUUUCGUCAAAAUAUACUGUCGCAAAUGCGUCAAUUGAAUUUUA